UCAUAUUCGCCCAAAACCCUAACCUUCAUUCUCUGUUCUGUCUCUUCUCUCUCUGCGACCCCCACUUAUCGAUCUCCAACAAUACUCGUUCGCUUUAUCGAAGAAAAUCCAAAACUAAAUAGAUAUAUGGGUUCGAAAUCGAAGAACGAUAAUCCUCAUACAGGCGAUGGAGCUAGCCCCGGAAAGAUUUUCAUUGGAGGGUUGGCGAAAGAUACGAAUUACGCUACAUUUAACAAGCACUUUGGGAAAUAUGGAGAGAUAGUGGACUCGGUCAUUAUGAAAGAUCGUUUCACGGGUCAGCCCAGGGGUUUUGGUUUUAUCACUUAUGCUGAUCCUUCAGUUGUUGACAAGGUUAUUGAGGACACCCAUGUUAUAAACGGAAAACAAGUUGAGAUUAAGAGAACCAUCCCUAAAGGCCAAGGCCAAUCAAAGGAUUUUAAAACAAAGAAGAUUUUCGUUGGUGGGAUUCCAUCAUCAUGCACCGAAGAUGAGUUCAAAAGUUUCUUUGCGAAGUAUGGCAAGGUGGUGGAACACCAAAUCAUACGAGAUCAUGAAACUAACCGCUCUCGAGGCUUUGGAUUUAUAAUUUUUGACAGUGAAGAAGUUGUAGAUGAAUUGUUAUCCAAGGGAAAUAUGAUUGAUAUGGCUGGUACUCAGGUGGAGAUCAAGAAAGCCGAACCAAAGAAAGCCUCUAAUCCACCGCCUGCCCCUGCAUAUGGUAGCAACUCUAGGGCUCGUUCUUUCAAUGAUGGCUUUGGUGGAUUUGGCGGUUCGUAUGGAGGUUUUGAUGGGGGAUAUGGCCCAGGUCCCUAUAGGACGCCUGCUGGUCUUGGCAGUAGGCUUGGUGGUGGAUAUGGUUAUGGUAGUGCUAGUGGCGAGUUUGGUGGUGGUUAUGGGAGUUUUGGCAGCAGUAGCUUAGGUGGUUAUCGAGGUGAAUCUUCCCUUGGUUAUACUAGUCGCUAUGGACCAUAUGGUGGUGGUUUUGGUGGGGGUUAUGGUGCAAGCAGUUUAGGUGGAUAUGGUCGAGGUGGUGAAGGCUAUGGUGGAUAUGGCAGUUCAGGCUAUGGUGGUGGUUAUGACUCUGGGCCUGGUGCUAGUUAUGGUGGAGCAGGUGGGCUGUAUGGAAGAGGAGGCUAUAGUGGCAGUAGUCGGUACCAUCCCUACGCAAGGUAGAAAUGAAAAGCACUAGUCAGUAGCUUCCCUAUGCGACGUAGUAAUGAAGGCAUUUUUAUGUUGUUGCUUAAGUUUGCCAUAGAAGUUUGACACAGGUUCCUCUAGUUUUUGUUUCUCGCGCACCGAUAGGAACUUCCUCACAACUGCUAGAGGUUUCAUAUAAUUGCAAUGGGGGAAAGCUUUUAAUGACCAGAAGAGUUCAAAUUAGAUUAUAUCUUGUGUUGUAUGGCUUAGACAAACUUUAUAGAUUGCCUUGAGCUAGUAUCUGGUGUCUACAGGUUGCCUGUUCUAGUUGAAUUUGAAUAGCGUGUGCUUUGCAGACUAUAGUUACUUAUGGCCAUUUUUUACAAUCUAAUUUAGUCCGAUGAAGAAUAUUUCGA